AUGGCACCGAUACAACAACAAGAUACACUGGUAUUGCACAAACAUCAUUCCCCACAUCCAUUCUUCACUCCUACUCGAUUGGAAUUUACCGAUCCUCAUUCAGGUGGUAAAGCCGCUCAAUGGUCUUCUCGAAGAGCCCGAAAAGGUAGAUAUGCACCUAAAUCACACAAGAUACACUAUGCAGGCUCAGGGACAGGGGCAGAGGCAUCUUCAUCGGAAGUUGAAAAAGGAGCAAUAUCAACAAGACAAGGAGGGGAUGGAAAAGGAACAGGUGAAAUGCAAAAAAUGGAAAAACAAACUAUUGGUAGAAUACAAAAGGAAGAAACAAAAUUCAAACCUCAUUUAAAAGCGGACAUUUCAUUUUGGUUAGCUAUCAGUUUCACCUUGGGAUCAAUGGUUUGGGUAGUAAAUGGCUACUUAGUUUGGUUCCCUGUUAUUCGACCUGCACUCGAUACGGAACCUAUAGCACGUUCAGCGGCGGCAACAGCUUUUAUAGGAGGAUCGAUAUUCGAGAUUGGAGCUUAUUUAGGUGUGGUGGAAGCUUUGGAUCGAGGUAGAGAAAUCAAUUUCGGUACUGCUUUGGGUCAAGUUCUACAUCAUAGAAGGAAUGUACCCGGACAUACAAAUCUCAAAUCAGAUGAAAUCAAAUCACACUCAGAACCAGAUUCAACUAAUUCAUCUCAAGUCGAACCACAACCAGGGCCAGGGCAAGGGCAAAAAUCAGAAUCAGCAUUAGAAUCAGAUUCGGAAUGGCCAGCGGAGAAAAAAGGUUUCGUCUGGUGGGGUAAACCAUUAUGGCAUGACAUGGGUUAUUUAGCUGCUAUAGUACAGAUGUUCGCUGCUACGAUAUUUUGGGUAUCGACAUUAACCGGUCUACCUGGUGUGAUACCUGGAUUUUCAGAUGGAGAGGGAUCGAAAGCGAUCAUAGACAUAUUCUUCUGGACUCCGCAAGUGAUUGGCGGAACAGGAUUCAUCAUUUCAUCAUUGAUAUUGAUGAUUGAAGUUCAAAAGAAAUGGUGGUUACCUAAUUUACUCGAAAUAGGAUGGUGGGUCGGAGUAUGGAAUCUGAUAGGUGCAAUUGGAUUCAUGCUUUGUGGUGCAUUAGGAUAUUCUUCAAAUUCAGGUGUGGUUUAUCAGUCUGGAUUGUCAACUUUCUGGGGAAGUUGGGCAUUCCUUUUAGGUAGUGGAUGUCAAGUGUGGGAAGUAAUUUGGAGGGAACCCACUCCGACAAAGAAGGAAUGA